AUUCACUUCCUUUUCUUUUGUCAGUCUCUCACCCGCCAUGAAGUCCUUCGCUUCUCUUCUUGCCUUCCCCGCCUCCUCGCUCGCUGGAACCGUGCUGUGGAGUGGCAUUUUCAAUUCUUCCGCUACUGUUGAGGACUUUGAUGAUUGGUCGUGGUCCAACCAGAUCGAACCCUGGCAAUGGUAUAUUCAUGGCACUGGCAAGACGUCUGAUUACCUGGGACUGUCCACCGACUUCAAAAAUCCGGCCGACACCAGCGACGCCCAGGGGGUGCGGAUCAGUAUUGAUGGAACCUCCUUCUGGAACGGUCAGACCAUGGAGCGAUCCGAACUGAUCCCCCAGACCAAGGCUGAUCUCGGUUCUGGUCACCUGUACUACCACUUCUCCUUGUCCACCAAGACGACCAAUGCUCCCGAUGCCUCGUUCGAGCACCAGAUCGCCUUUUUCGAGAGCCAUUUCACCGAGCUGCAGUACGGUCUUGCUUCAGGGGCUUCGGGUAGCUCGGACAACACUCUGCGCUGGAACGCGGGCGGCCAGACACACUGGUCGGUGCAGCUGGAGGCGGGCAAUUGGUAUAACUUUGCCUACGAUAUCGAUUUUGACGCGAAGACGGUUGGACUGUGGGCAUCAAACGGUUCGGAUCCCUUGACCCAGGUCGUUGCUCCUGUCAGUGCUUCCACCUCGUCCAACUCGGCCGAUUGGCAUGUCGGUGAGUUGCGUCUGCCCAACGGAGGCCCUAAUGAUGCGGUCGAGGACUGGUUCUGGUCUGGCAUCUAUGUCGAGGAGGCUCCAAUCACCAAGGAGAUCGGUUCCGGCAGCUCGUCCAGUUCCUCCAGCUCGUCCAGCUCAGUCAGCUCUGCGAGUUCUUCAGCUUCCUCCACCGCCCAUACAUCUGCUGCCCAGACCGUUAUCUCGACUGCUGAACCCUUGAUCGUCUCUGCUGUGGCCACCAGCUCUGCUUCAUCAACCGUCGCCGCCGUGACUUCGACCGUUUCGCCGUCGGUAAACACGGAGGCGGCCACCCCUGCCACGAGUUCCUCAGUGGCCCUUGCUACUCCCACUACUGCCACCGAGAUUCUUGAUGAUAUCCGGGCACUUUUCAGCGCCCUGGUCUCUCGACCAACCGGUGUGCAUGCUCGGGACUUUGCCCGGCGUGAAUAA